AUGGCAUGGCAGAGAUUAAAAGACUGUUAUGGCAGUCCUGAAGCUAUUGAAAAUGUUAUUUUGAAGAAACUAGAAGAUUUCCCCAAAAUCUCUAACAAAGACAAUCUAAUUGAUUUUCCUCAUCUGAAAUCCUUAAUAGAUUAUAUCCCUGCACUUGACCCUAAUGCCCAAAUACUUCUCUUGCUAGGAAGAGAUAUUUUGAGAGUGCACAAGGUGCAUGAGCAGAUUAAUGGAUCCCAUAACACUCCUUAUCCACAACGAACUGCAACUUGCAGCAUGGACAGUUUAGACGAUAACAUGUUUGUUAAAACACGAAAUGAUGACACACCUGCUCUGUCCAUUGAAGAUAAAUAUAAUGACAUCUUUGUGACAUGUGGGCCACAGGAAAUUGAACUGUCUGUUUACCUGUGCCCAGUGUACUUUUCUGGUUAUAAUGAAACUCAGCUUUACAUGAAUGAUAUUUUUUCUAACAUGGCCUGCCAAGGAACAAUCGAUUUAUCAUCCAGCACAGUACCUUUACUGAAAUUUGUUUUUUCAAUCAAUGACAGUUCAAGUUGUGGCAGUUCAUUUCAGAUUACAGAUACUGUAGGUGAAGGAAUUUUUGACAUUUUUUCAAACAUCCAGUUUGUUAACAUCAGUGGAAUAAUCAAAUCUAAAGAUCCUACCACUGGCGUUAUCACCCGGAGCCCUGAACUGAAGUAUUUGUAUUCCUGUGGCUAUCCUCUUGAAUAUCUUAUGAACAACACUAGACUGGAUGUGGCUGGGAAUAAUAUAGCUAUCACUACAAAUAAUGGUAGCUUCAUCAGUACUCUAUAUGUUCGGUUGUUUUUUGAUGACAAUUAUGGAAGACCUCUCCUCAUCCCACCAACUGGAAUCAAAUUAAACCAAACAGUAUAUGUUGAAGUGGGAGCAACCAACUUGACUGACAAGUUCAAUGUGUUACUGGACAGAUGCUAUGCUUCUACUUCCCCAUACCCUACAAACUCAACCUCCUAUGACCUCUUUGUAGGAUGCCAAAAAGAUUCCUAUACUUUUAUAAAACAAAAUGGAGACAGCCAGGUUGCCCGUUUUUACUUUUCAGCUUUCCGAUUCCUUGAACAGUAUCAGCAGGCUGUGUCAACAUUUUAUUUGCAUUGUAUUACCAGACUCUGUGAAGUGUCUGCAUGUCCGGCCUUUAAGCCAACAUGCGCAAAACGGAAAAGGAGUGUUAGAGCAGCUUCAAGCUCUUCAGGAACUCCUUCACUUUCCGAUCCAGCAACAGUCACUUCACCAGGAAUCAUUACCAAUGCUGAUAAUGGUUCUUCCAAAGUGGGCUCCCAAGAAAUUGUAAGCACUGCUGUUGGCUUAGGAAUAACAGUUGGCUUCUUGGCUUUACUCUGUACCAUUAUGGGUGGCCUUGCAUACCUUAUGCACAGGAGACUUCAGAAGAGUAGAUAUCUGGAGAAGAACAACUUUCAUUAG